AUGCUACACAGCGAAAAGAGGCCUUCCAAGCCCAAUCUCAUUGAAAGAGGCAAAAAGCAGAGAAGAGAUGAAACUGUCUUACUUAGAGAAUUUUACAUGAGGGAUACGGAUAUUAAACAAUUAUGUAGCUUUAAUGAUUUGUUACAAACUUUAUGUAAGAACAUACAGCGUUCUCAUUAUGAGCAAUUAAUUAUCAAGCUGGCAAGCGCCUACGAUGGUUAUCAUUUUGAUUUACCUGCCUUUCUCGACUUCCGAGGUCGAAUCUGCCGCAGCGGUAUCUUGCAUUUCCACGAGCGUGAUCUAGCAAGAAGCCUGAUCCUCUUUGCUGACGGUCAAUCUAUUAAUAAUACUACUAAUCAAUCUAUUAAUAAUACUAUUAAUCCAUCAUUUUUAGCUUCAGCUGCCUUCCAUUACCAGUCCUUCUCCACUAUCGAGGAGUCUGUAGAUUGGUUAAGGAACCAGGGCGAUAAAAUCAUUCAAAAUCCUAUCCUGUAUUCCCGGGAGGGUAAACACCCCUUUCAGUUCCUCUCCAAUCUAAUAGCAAUAAAAACGGCAAAACAAAAUAACAUUAUUCCGUCCAUCCCUAUUACCCAGGACGCCUCUGCUAGUGCAUAUCAGAUCAUGAGUUACUUUUUGUUGGAUGAAACCCUGGCUAAGAGAACGAAUCUCAUCCCAUCCUCGGAUGGAAAAAGCAUGGAUAUUUAUUCUUUAUUACUCGAAGAGCUCCGGGAAUACAUGAAAACAGAACAUGAUAAUAAUCUAUCAAAGGUAGUUUGCGAUCUCCUCACUCGUAAGAUAGUCAAAGGUAUCUUUAUGCCUAUUAUCUAUGGCAAAACUAUAAAAAGCACGGCCGAUGAUCUAAAGGAAACCCCUCUCUAUCAGUUCAUCACUGGUAAUGAAUGCACCAAGGUUGCCUCUGUCUGCUUCCAGUUCUGGAAGACUAAAUAUCAUGGCUUGGAAUGCCUGAUCCGGUUGAUCCGGAAUAUAGGCUGGAUAGCGUCUGCUAGGGGUAGCCCUGUUUUCUAUAGAGUCCCUUACUUUACUACGGUACAGGAUUAUAUGAAAAUGGAACCUGCCAAAAUAUGGGUUUAUGAUAGAGUUCUUGUAUUUCUAUAUAUGAUAGAUAAUAUCUAUCCUCAUUUGGUGCUGCUACGAGAGCAAAAGAAAGAAAACUAUUCUUUUAUGAUUUCUGGUCCAUAUUUGUAUUGGUUGAGUCGGUUCUAG